GGGAGCGGCGGUAGCUUUAGCCCAUGGCAGUGGCUGAUGCACGGCGGCGGAUGCCAGCGGCAGCCGGGCGAUGGCGAGGACCCGGGCGGCUUACGAGUACACGGAGGCGGAGGACAAGAGCAUGCGGCUGGGUUUCCUCCUCAUCGCCGCCGGCUUGCUCUCCCUCUUGGGUUUGGGCUGUUGCUGGCUUCGCCCGGCGCUGCAGGAACGGGGCGGCGGCGGCUCCGCCAACUGCACGGUGCUGGCGGUGCGGCAGCUGGGGGAGCGCUUCGCCUGCACCUUCUCCUGCGGGGCCGCCUGCCGCGGCACCGCCCGCUACCCCUGCCUCCAGGUCCUGGUCCGCACCUCCCGCUCCUCCGCUCCCGCCCUGCUCCAUGAGGACGAGCGGCAGCUGCGCACUAACCCCAAGUGCUCAUACAUCCCUCCCUGUGCAAGAGACGAUCAGGAGAACUCUGAGAACGUCACGUACAAGCAGAAAUACUGGAAAGAGAAAGUGGGCUCUCAACCAUUUACGUGCUAUUUUAACCAGCACUUGAGGCCGGACGAUGUGAUGCUGAAGCGCACCCACGACGAGACUGUUCUCUUGCACUGCUUCCUCUGGCCCGUGGUGACUUUCCUGGUCGGAGUCCUCAUCGUGGUCCUGACCAUCUGUGCCAAGAGCUUGGCUAUCAGGGCAGAGGCAAUAAAAAAGAAGAAGCAUUUGUGAGUGGCAAGGCUGCGUGUAGAAAAGAGAAACCUUCAAGAAGGUCUCAGGUGGGGCAGCCUGACACACCUGCCGG